ACUGACCUGCUUUCAUAGAUUCAACGAAUGAAUGAUGGGAACAGAUCUUCUGAUCCUCUGCGGAGUCAUUAGCCAUAGCUUUAUCAACACGCCAUAGCUUUAUCUAUUAAAAAAUUAAUUUAUAUAAAAGCACUAAAUGAUGGAGUGAUCAUUUAUUUUAAAUAUCAAAUUAAUUAAAAUAUUUAAACAAAUGUUAUGCAUUUUUCUUCUCCGUUUGAGUGCCUGCAGGUGGUUUUUUGAACAUUUCACAUUUUUGAGAAUCUUCUCAGCAUCUGUCCAGUGAGCUUCCUGUACAUGCGCCAUCUUGCUUGCUGUGCUAAUUACUAAAGGCAGAAGAGGCCCAGUGGGACCUUUGGCUGCCCUGAAACGACUCGAUGGAUGUUAGCACAGAGUCUGAGACACUUCCCACCCACACCACUUUUGGAGAAGAUGUGUCGGAACAUGAUCUGAAUCCUUCCAGCUCACACUGUCAAACAGAGAGCGGGGGGAACAUCUUACUACAGCUGCUGGAAUUCAAAACCAAUCUGCUCGAGGCCGUACAGGAGCUGCACAUUCGGAGGGAUGCAGAAACCCGCUUUGAGGAUCAGAUCAGUAAGCUGGUGUUGGAGAAGCAGGAGAUGGAAUGGGAGAAGGAAUCCCUACAGCAUCGAAUUGAAUCGGUGACAAACCAACACACUGAGUCACUCACAAAUCUUAAGAAACAGGCCAAAUUAAGAAACACAGAGGAGGAAAAGGGGAAAUAUCAGGUCAUUGCUGAGUUAAAAGACAAGGAGAUUAACAACUUAAAGGAAGAGCUGAAGUCACUGCAGUUGCUGAAGUACAACUUGGAGAAGAAAUCAAGUGAGCUGGAACAGAAACUGGCCUUACAGAGCCGGACAAAGGACGGCCACCUGAGCCAACUGGGAGAGGUGGAGAAAAGAUUCAGUGCCUUGUCCAGGCAGUGUGCCAUGGUCAAGCAGGCCCAUGACAACCUGGAGCAGAAUGUUGAUGAAGCCAUGAGAAUAAACAAGAAACUGACUUCUGCUAAUGAAAAACAAGCAGCAUCCAUUGUGUCACUAAAGAAGGAGUUGGAUGAAGUCAGUAAUGAGCUCAGCAAGGCCAAGAUGACUUCAGUUAGACCGGUCAAACCCUACAGUCCUACAGGCAGAGAGCAGCAUAUACAGCAGCUGCACCAGAAGCUAAAGCUGGAAACUGAAAUGAACAAGAAGCUAAGGGAGGAAAAUGCAACUAACCAAGCAGAAAAGCAGGAGGUGAUACGGUCCCUGCAGCACACCCAGCAGCUGUUGCUGAGUCAGACGCAGACAGUGAGGAGAGUAGAGUUGGAGCUACAGACACAAAGACAGACCUACGAGGCCCUUAAACAGGAACAUGAGGUGAUGGGAGAGCAAAGCAAGGCAGUGGAAGACAAGGUGGCCCAACUGAUGGAGAGCUAUGCUGCUUCCAAGACCAGCUGGGACAAAGAGAAGACGAAGUUUCUGGAUCGCAUCAAGACACAGCAAGAAGACCUUCAAGCACUGAAAGAGGCUUUUGAUGAUCUUCAUCAGAAACACGCUGAGCUGUCCUUACAGGCCAAAUCACACGAACAGCACAUACAUGAAAUGGAGGUAAGAGACAGCAGCCAGACACUCAGUGUUUCUACCCAUCCCACCUCUGUGGAGGAAGUUAGAGGCGAGGAAUCUGUGAGUGAACCCAUCUCAAGAUCUAAGCUUCCCAGCUUUGGCAGUCUGCAGCACUCAGUCUCCUCUCAGGCCAAAAUUCCAGAUUGUCUGGAGGACACAGCAACUGGGACUAAGAUACUUGCCACUGCAGAAACUGAAGGUCAAAAAGUCUCAAAACAACAGUCACAAACCGUAAAAGAGCCUUUAAGCCACCUAAAAAUGCCCAGUUGUCCACUUACCUUGAAUUCUUUCAGCUUGUGUACUUUUUCUGGAACAGGAGCCACAGAUGCCGUAACAUUGAACAAAGGGGCUAACAACUCGAAAAGUGAACACAACCCUGAUGUGCGUUCAGAUCUAACUAAUACGGCUCUCUCUGUGUCUGAUGAUGAUACCCACUUUAUCAGAGGUUGCUGUGCGAGUGGUAUAACUGCAUCAAACUCCGAGUACAGCUCUCUAUGUGAAUCUGCAGAUUUACCAACAAACAUGAAAAAUAAAGGAGACAACACAGGAAUGAAUGAGAAAGAACACGAGGAGAAGGACAACGGGAAACAAGGAAAUAGCCACAGAGAAGAAGAGGAGAAAAAUAUAGGGCAGCUGAGGAAUAGGGAAAACGAUCAAGGAGAAGAUGUGAAGGAGGGAGGACGUGCUGGAGAAAAGAGAGGAACAGCCAUGGCACCAACAACAGAUAGAAGAAACAGGCAAGAGGAUAGUGAGGGGUCAGCAAAGGAUGCUGAAACAGAAACAAAAGAUAGAGCGGAUGGAGUGAAGGAGAGAGAAAAGACAGCAGUGCACACACCACAAACACAGAUACGAGCCCAGACGAUUACUGAUAUGACUGCUGAAAAGAGCCACACACUGCAGGUCAUUGACUUCAUGGGCGCUGAGCCGCCUGUGGAUGUCUGUAAACCCUCAGACUUCACACAAAGUCUCUGUCAGAAAGUCAGUGAAAAGGAUGCUGAAUGCAAACAUUUGGAGAUCCAUGGUCAGACUGGAAGAGAUGGAGAACAUCAAAGUGUUCGCUCUGAACAACAGGAAGUUUCAAAUUUGUGUCAAAACGAGGUCCAAAGCUCAGACGGAGACACAGAAUCACUAAAUCAGUGUCCCACCAAAAAAGCAGGGGAGCUUUCUGCUGGACUGUCUGAACACUCGAGUACCUCACAGAUAGACGAUGCCCCAUCAGCUAGUCACUCAAAUGGUUUUCUCAUCGCUGAAAACUUGGGAUCAUGUCAGACACAUACAGAAACAUGUACUCCUUCUGAUGUUAUUUCAGGUAUGAAGCAAACAGAUGAAAGCUUUGAUGUACCUGUGAGUGAAAAACUGGCAGAACCUGAGCAGCUGCUGGAGUCUGUGGUAGCUGUUGAAGGAAAGGGUGAUCCAAGUGUAAAGAAAGGAAGAAAGAAAGGACGAAUGUCUAUGAAACACCUUUGGAAGAAUCCCACUUAA